AUGAUCAAGAAACGCGAUCUGGAUGAAUGGGCACGACAGGAGAAGGCUGCUCAAGCAGAGUUCCUGACGCUUGAAGAAGAGGAUACCUGUCCGUCUGGAUGCGACUUGACUCUGUACAAGAAGGUGCUGGCCCUGCGUGAGAAGCGUGCCGAUGUAGACGACGCCAUGGGGGAGCUGAACAAGGCGAUCGAAGAGCUUCGGAAGGCCGGAGAGCGUCAGACAGCCAAGCAACGUGCGAUCGACAAGGAGCUGGCUGCGUCGGAGCAGGAUACGCAGCAGUUACAGAGUGAAAAGCAGUCGCGCUUCAACCAGCUGGACGUCAUGGUGCCGCUCAGUACGCGGCAACUAUGUUGUCUUGAAGCUCCGUCUCCGACUCAGCAGAACUCGACGCUACCUGCUCAAGCUGCUGGCUGCCUCGUGUUCACCACUGAGCGUAUCGAGUCGCUGCAAGCAGAGAACAAGAAGCUGCGUUAA